CAGACCGUCUGCCUGCCUCCGACCGCGGUCUCGGAGCGAAACCCGAUCUCCUUGGACUUGAAUGAGGAGGAGGCGGCGGCGGCGGCGGCGGCGGCGGAGGCGCUCGGCUGCGGGAAGCCAGCAGCAGAGGCUCAGCUCAGGCGGCAGCGCGCGCCCCGGCUGCCGGCCCAUUUCCCGGACGCCACCCGCGGGCACUGCCGACGCCCCCGGGGCUGCCGAGGGGCGGCCGGGGGGCCCAGAGGAGCGCGGCCCCGCGCACUGAGUCCCGCGGCGCCCCGGGAACUUGGCGGCGCCCCGAGCCCGGCGAGCCGGGGUGCGCCUUCCCCGCCGCGCGCCUCCUGCAUGCGGGGCCCGAGCGCCGGGCGCCGGCCGGAACCCCCCCCGGCCGCCCCCGUGCCCCCUGCGCCCCGCGCAGCGCCGGGGGCGUCGCCAUGCACCGCUUGAUGGGGGUCAACAGCACCGCCGCCCUCGCCGCCGGGCAGCCCAAUGUCUCCUGCACGUGCAACUGCAAACGCUCUUUGUUCCAGAGCAUGGAGAUCACAGAACUGGAGUUCGUUGAGAUCACCAUCAUCGUGGUGGUGGUGAUGGUGAUGGUGGUGGUGAUCACGUGCCUGCUGAGCCACUACAAGCUGUCGGCGCGCUCCUUCAUCGGCCGGCACGGCCAGGGCAGGAGGAGAGAAGACGCCCUGUCCUCGGAAGGAUGCCUCUGGCCCUCGGAGAGCACCGUGUCGGGCAACGGAAUCCCAGAGCCGCAGGUCUAUGCUCCUCCGAGGCCCACCGACCGCCUGGCCGUGCCCCCCUUCACCCAGCGGGACCGCUGCCUCCGCUUCCAGCCCACCUACCCGUACCUGCAGCACGAGAUCGACCUGCCGCCCACCAUCUCGCUGUCGGACGGGGAGGAGCCCCCGCCCUACCAGGGCCCCUGCACCCUCCAGCUGCGAGACCCCGAGCAGCAGCUGGAGCUGAACCGCGAGUCCGUGCGCGCGCCCCCGAACAGAACCAUAUUCGACAGCGACCUGAUGGACAGUGCCAUGUUGGGCGGCCCCUGCCCCCCCAGCAGUAACUCGGGCAUCAGCGCCACGUGCUACGGGGGCGGCGGGCGCAUGGAGGGGCCGCCCCCCACCUACAGCGAGGUCAUCGGGCACUACCCCGGGUCCCCCUCGUUCCAGCACCAGCAGAGCAGCGGGCCGCCCUCCUUGCUGGAGGGGACCCGGCUCCCCCACGCACACCUCGCCCCCCUGGAGAGCUCACCCGCCUGGAGCAAAGAGAAAGAUAAACAGAAAGGACACCCUCUCUAGGAAUCCCGGGGCCGGGGCCGGGCAGCAGUGAGUAUAGGAAAAAAAAAGAAAGGCAAAACACUCCGCACUUCCGAAACCAGAAGACAGAGGAGGACCGGGCGGCACCCAGAAAAUGUGGCGCGUAUCCAUCCUUUCCCCCUCUCUCUGUGUAUAAAUAUUUACAUGUUCUGUCUGGUCUGAAUGCACAAGCUAAGAAAGCUUGCAAAAAACAAAACAAAAAAACCAACCACGUUUCUUUGUCGAGCUGUGUCUUGAAGGCAAAAGAGAAAAAAGAAAAAAAAAAAAACCUACCCUAGUCUUUUCUGUUCCUAGUUGAGCUGCGUGCGUGAAUGCUUAUUUCCUUUCGUUUGUUUAUGAUGAUUUCACUUAACUUUAAAGACCUAUUUGCACAAAACCUUUGUUUAAAGAUCUGCAAUAUUAUAUAUAUAAAUAUAUAUAAACUAAGAGAAACUGUAUUGUGAGGGCAGGAGUAUUUUUGUAUUAGAAGAGGCCUAUUAAAAAAAAAAAAGUUGUUUUCUGAACUAGAAGAGAAAAAAAAAAUGGCAAUUUUUGAGUGCCAGGUCAGAAAGCGUGUAUUACCUUGUAAAGAAGAAGAAGAAGAAGAAGAAAAAACUACAAAGCAGGGGUUUAGAGUUAUUUAUAUAAAUGUUGAGCUUUUGCACUAUUUUUUAAUAUAACUAUGUCAGUGCUUGUUUGAUGGAAACUUCUAUCGUGUGUGUCGAGACUUUUAAGGGAGAAGCGGCGGAAUUUGGCAGCGGCCGGCCGGCUGGCAGAGGGCGGGCUCUGCACGGAGUUGGGGGAGGCUUCCGGAGGGGGCGCUCUUCCUGCGUAAGUGGAAGCUUCUGUCUAGCGAUCGGUUGUUACCGCCUCAUUCAUUCCCCACCGAAGGAGACGCAUUUCCCCCUCCGGGCCGGCACAGCCUUUGGAUGGCAGACGAGAUGGGGGAAAUCGGUCACCCAGUGCCCGGGUGGUGGCUCUGCCUUUCCCCAGAUGAAAAUAAACUGUUCCUGAAGGAUCGUAGUUUUUCCUCCUGUUUUUUAAGCAUGAGCCCCCUCCCCCUCCCCCCAGGAAGGGGCCGAGGCGCCCCCUUUGCCGCCGCUGCCGCUCCCGGAGCACGUUGCCGGGACCCGCCGGAGAGGUUGGGGUGGCUGCUUUCUGUGCGGACGAUCCGGCGGGUCCAGGACUUCUCAGCUGAGGCUGGUGGAGGCCACCGGCAGGUUGGAAAGGCCCCCGAGGAAUCCGACCUCAUCCCUGGCUUUCUCCUUACGUAGCAGUUCUCACCGAACAAACAGGACACCAGAGAGAAAAAGUGACACGCGCAGGUGUCUCCUGGGACACGACAAAGGGUUAAAGCGAAGAAAAACCGCACCAACAACGGGGAAACCGGUGUAAACCUGUGCUUUAUGUUUUCAAAUCAGAAUUGAAUUCUUUACCUCCUCUCCCACACGUCCAUUCCUCUCCCCGUGGAAACAGUCGUGUUUGGCGUGUUCGUGUGUCUGUGUUUUCCCAGCAUCUGUAUCAGAUACGAGUCUCGUUUGCCAGGAUUUUGCCGAGUGGAUUUCGGGCUGGCAGGAUCCCUUGGUGGCGCUGUGCAGGCGAGGGCGCGGGAGUGGGCACACGUGUGUGACAGUGGCAGGCC